GCGCGGUCACACGCGCUUAAGGAGCAAUUUGUCAUCAGUGAAGAAGAGACAGAACUGUAUCAAGUUGACAGGGAGGCAGACUCAUCGCUUCUUCUACCUACUUCUGAAGCCUUUACUUGCUUGUAAUCAUGGAUGCGUCCCUCUUUCAGUUCUUCAUAGAGGAAUUCGGCGACGCCAACUGUACUCUUAUGGAUGCUUUUCAGGACACUUUAUACGAGAAUUCGUCUUUCGCGUCGAUGAGUGUCGACGGUCUCUAUUGUAACGCCACCACGGAUGAAAUAGGAACUUGCUGGCCAAGAAGCAACUCUGGACAGAUAAUUGAGCGUCCCUGUCCAGAGUACAUUAACGGGGUCAAAUACAACACCACUAGAAUUGCAUACAGAGAGUGUCUGGACAAUGGCACAUGGGCACUGAAAAGUAACUACUCCAACUGUGAGCCCAUUUUAGAGGAAAAGAGAAAGUAUCCUAUGCACUACAAGAUAGCCCUCAUCAUCAACUACUUUGGUCACUGUAUAUCUGUUGGAGCUCUCAUUAUCGCUUUCAUUCUCUUUCUGUGCUUGAGGAGCAUCCGAUGCCUUCGCAACAUUAUCCACUGGAACUUAAUUACGACAUUCAUUCUGAGGAACGUAAUGUGGUUUUUGCUUCAACUGAUUGACGAGAACAUUUAUGAGACGAAUGAGCCUUGGUGUCGUCUUAUAACAACAAUCUAUAAUUACUUUGUGGUGACCAAUUUUUUCUGGAUGUUUGUGGAGGGCUGCUAUCUUCACACAGCUAUUGUGAUGACAUAUUCCACAGACAAGCUUCGGAAAUGGGUCUUCCUCUUCAUUGGAUGGUGUAUACCAUGUCCAAUAAUUAUAGUGUGGGCCAUUGGAAAACUUUACAAUGAAAACGAACAAUGCUGGUUUGGGAAGGAACCUGGAAAGUACAUAGACUACAUUUAUCAGGGGCCUGUGAUUUUAGUUCUACUUAUAAAUUUUGUGUUCCUUUUCAACAUUGUGCGCAUUUUAAUGACAAAGCUGAGGGCCUCGACCACAUCUGAAACAAUACAAUACAGGAAAGCGGUGAAGGCCACUCUAGUGCUUCUGCCUUUACUUGGUAUCACAUACAUGCUGUUCUUUGUGAACCCAGGCGAGGAUGACAUAUCUCAAAUUGUGUUUAUAUAUUUCAACUCAUUUCUACAGUCCUUUCAGGGAUUCUUUGUGUCGGUAUUUUACUGCUUUCUUAAUGGGGAGGUACGUUCUGCAGCCAGAAAGCGUUGGCAUCGCUGGCAGGACAAUCACGCGCUGCGAAUCCGAGUGGCGAGAGCCAUGUCCAUCCCCACCUCCCCCACCCGCAUCAGCUUUCACAGCAUCAAGCAGACCACAGCCGUCUGACCUUUAAACAAUAGCUUUUCCUCUUUAUAAUUCAGCCACACAGUAAGACAGCAAGGGGCACGAGAGACCAAGUGAUUGUUUUUGGCCUUUGAUGGUAGUGGGUGUCUCCUCCGACAAACAGUGAAUUGAAUUUAUAUGUCUGUGUCAUUUUGUGAAUGGGCCCUGAAUUGAAGGGUUUUAACAAAACUGAUCAAAUGUCUGUCUGUCUGUCUGUCUGUCUGUCUGUCUAUCUAUCUAUCUAUCUAUCUAUCUAUCUAUCUAUCUAUCAUCUAACUCUUUCCCUGCCAACAUUUUUGUUUUUAAAGUUGCCAACUGCCACCACCAUUUUUUUUAUCAUUUCACUAAUUUUUCAUGUCCGCAAAGUAUUUUGUUGUAUGAAUUUCUGAACAAGCAUCAAGUCAAGUCUGUUUUAUUGUCAGUUCUUCCACAUGUACAGUACAUACAUACAGAGGAUCAAAAUUGCGUUACUCUCAGACCCCCGGUGCGUACAGAUAACACUAACACUAGAGCCUAAAAAUCUCGAUCAAAUAUAAGAUACAGCUAUACAAUAAGGGAACGUAAAAAAAGACUUAACAAUUAAAAAUAAAGUUAAAUAAAGCAGUGCAUGGCACAUGGCAAAUAGAGUGCAAAUCAGUGAAGUGAACAAACUUUUUUAGUGCAAAAAAGCUUUUUCUGUCUGAUUAAAGACAUCAUGUCAAAAGAAGAAGAAAGCAUCUGCUUUUAAACAAACAAACAAACAACAACAGCAAAAAAAAAAAAAAAAAAGAAUUCUAGCUUCAUGCAUUUUUCCAUUAACAGUAGAAUGUGUGUUUAAUGUAAAAAACAAACAAAAAAACAAACAAAAAAAAAAAGCAACAUUUUAAACAAAAAGCUGAGAAAAUCAAUUUUUUGUCAAAGAAUAUAUCUGGAUCAUAUUUAGAUCACUGAUCAAAACACAGAUGGAGAAGUUCCCUUCCUUCAGCACCCCCAAAGCUUCACAGUUGUAAAUCACUGUCUGACUCAACAUGUUAUUCAGUAACGUUUGGCAGUUUUGAUUUAUAUGCUGAUUUAUAUGCAUCUGCUUACAUAUGCAGAGAUUCAGUAUUCUUCCAGAAGAUGUGUAAUAGUGCCUCGUACAGUAUUACAGUGACAACACGGAAAGCUGGGAAAUUGAAUGGCAGAGAAAUGUUGUUUCCUAAGGCUGGCCACACACCUGAAUGUUUUAAGCCUGAUUUUGAGCACCCCCAAGCAAUCAGGGGAGCGUUGGACAAUUCGAGGAUUGUCGCAAACAAAGUUUUGCCCAAAAAAUCAUUUGUGUCAUAUCAUUAUGAUUAUUUAACUGCUCCCGAUCGAGUCGGAGCGUCCCUGAUCUUAAAUUAUAAAUAUCAUACAUUUGAUACCUGCGAUAACUUAUGGGAGUUAACUUCCCCAACCAGAUGUAACAGGCUUUUAUUGCUUUUAUUUUAUGUUUGAUGUUGCUACUGUACAAACAGGCCAUGAAAGUUUUCUUUUUUCUCCUUUGUUUUGCUUCCUAUAAAACAAAACUCAAAAUGUCAAUCAUCCUCCAUUUGUUUUUCUUAGCAAGUAAAGUUUGAUCUCAUGAGUCUCCGAGAGAUCUCAUCUCAUUAUGACAAUUCUACUUUAGUUGGCAGGUGUGUGUCUCUCCAACUGGCUGAAACUUGUAGCAUGAGCAUUCAGAGAAUUAUAAUGUUUAACUUUGGUUGAAACUGUCCUAAAGUCUGUGGUCACAAACACCUUUUAAAACUUAAGAUUUGAAAAUCAUCUUUGCCCAGUCCUAUAUAAAGUAAAAUCCCUUCAAUGGCGGGAAAGAGCUAAAAGGGAUAUUUCCCCUCAAAAUGAAAAUUCUGUCAUUAAUUACUUCACCUCAUGUCUUUCUAAACCUGUAAGACCUUUGUUAAUCUUCGGAACACAAAUUACGAUAUUUUUGAUGACAUCAGAGUGCUUUCGGAACCUGGUUUUUCUUUGUGCACAAAAAGUAUUCUCAUAGCUUCAUAACAUUAUACAGCUGAACCACUGAUUUCACAUGGACUAUUUUAACGAUGUUUUUACGAUGUUUCUGGGUCUGGGAAUGUUUCAGUUCACUUGCUGUCUAUUGAAGAGUCAGAGAGCUCCUGGAUUUCAUAAGAAAUAUCUUAAUUUAUUUUCUGAAGAUGAACAAAGGUCUUAAUUGUUUGGAACAACAUGAGGGUGAGUAAUUAAUGACAAAACUAUCUCUUUAAAUAGUAGCUGACUAUGCUACCUAGAGCUGGUAAAAACACUCCAGGAUUUUUUUUCAUAUAUAGGAGAGGGUACGGAUGAGCACCCAGCAGACCGAUCAGGCAAAUCAGUUUAUUGCAAAAAAGUCCCAAUGUUCUGUAAUAAAAGGAUCCUCGUCUACAGUUCAGUCCACACCAUCUGAAUCACAUUUGGCUUCAGAGUCUCCAGAUCUCUACAUCAGCAGCAGAUAAGGAAGCCUCUGCUAGCUAGUCCAAACAUUAUCCAGUGCUGGUGAAACACAUCAGCGUUCAGUCUGAUAUCUGCAGUAACCCACUGUACGUCUCAUCAUCUACUCAUCAGCCUGCCUCACACAACACAACUGUCAAAAGACUCACCUCAAAUGGAGCUCUGAUACAACAUCCUUCAUUCAAAACCAAUGCAAAUGGCAUCUCACUCUGGACAGCAUUCUUUUAACCCUUGCAGAGGGCAGUGCUCCAUGGUAUCCUAUUACUUCGAAGCAAGACAAACCAUGGAAACUGGCACAUUGUUUUGAAUAAAACUCCCAUCAGUGAUCUUAAAAUUAGGAGAGAAGCAGCUGAAGACAAAUCUUUUACAAAACGUAGCAUUUUUCUUUCUUCACUUCGCAUUUAGAAAACUUUGAACAUACAGUAUAUAUAGCAUGAGCCGUAUGGGAACAUUCUGUGAUACUUUUGCAGAUUUUUAAAGCUUGAAUGUGGUCGCUUUUCACUGCCUUUUUAUCUGGACUAGUGCAAGCAGAAUAUUGUCCAGCCUUGGAUUUCACUACCAACUCAAAACUGGCAAGCUGGACCACCCAACAACGUCCUGUGGCCCCAAGCUAGGCAGUCUGUAAACUCUAUUUAUUUAUUUUUCUUAUAAAACUUUAUUUAUUUAUUAAUAUUGUGUUUUUUAUUAGUAUAGGUUUGCUACUGUGCUGAAUUUAUUUAUUGAUUCAUUUGGAGAUAAGGGCUGUGGUUCUGAGACUGAGAUUUUCCACACUGUUGUAUUUCAAUCACCCCUUUUCUCAACAUUUCUGGAAUUUUUUUUCACAUUUGGCAUUACCGGGUGAGGUCAUUUUUACCAAGUUCAUGCUGUUGUAAAAGUUCAAUUUAGGUGUUGAUUUAAUUUAAAAGAGCCUGCAGUAAUCAGGCUUAGUCAGGUUAGUCCAGCUCAAUGCAGUUCUAUAGAUUUUAAAAUUACUGGGUUGAAAAUUAUUACAUGACUCCAUUUUUGACUAAACAGUGAAAACUUCCCAUACAAAAAUUGACCAUGGUUUUUGAAAACAAUACAUACUGUUUCUGUGUAAACUACGAAAACGGGAAUUUGUGAAAAUGCUGAGGUUAUGUCCAUAGAUUUUUUGUGUUAUGUAUGGCUGAUUCUAGCUCACUCACUCAGGAUCUGGUGCUCAGACACCUCGCCCGUCUGGGUCUUCGGGUCAACUGGGAAAAGAGCAAACUCUCCCUUGUGCAGAGGAUCUCUUUUAUCAGUAUGCAUAUAGACUUGAUCGCCAUGUUCGCGCAGCCUACGAGUGAGCACACGCAGUGACUGCUGAAUAACCCGAGUCAAUUCAAAGGCAAGAGGGCGAUUCCACUGAAACUAUUUCAGAGGCUCCUGGGGCAUAUAGCAUCCUCAGCAGCGUUCAUACUGCUCAGGUUGCUACAUUUGAGACCGCUUCAGCACUGGCUUCACGUCCCGAGAUGGACAUGGCGACAGGAACCUGAUCAUCACUCCAACCUGCUGCUGAACCUCACUCCGUGGUGGGACCUUUCGUUUCUACUGGCUGGUGUUCCCCUAGAACCAGUGUCCAGGCAUGUUGUUGUGUCAACAGAUGCUUCAGCCACGGGUUGGGGUGCCAUGUGCAAUUGACAUGCUGCGUGGCAUGUCAAUUGCCUCGAGUUGCUAGCAGUACAGCUUGCUCUGAACCAGUUCAAGGCACUGCUGAGGCACAAGCUCGUACUGAUCCCUAUGGACCACACUGCGACCGUAGCGUACAUCUACCAUCAGGGCAGUCUACACUCUUGUUGCAUGUUGCAACUCGCUCGCCACCUCCUCUUGUGCCAUUCACAUCCCGGGCAGGCUCAAUCGUGCCAUCAAGAUCAGGGGGGACUCUUGAGGAAGGGAAACUUCUUUCUCAAAGAUGGGGCACCAAGUGGCACCCACAUCUCGAUCUUUGGGUCACGGAAGGUUUAGGUACUUUGCCACCUCACGCGGUAGCUACCAUCACUUUGGCUAGGGCCUUGUCUACCUGACACGCCUAUGCUUUGAAGUGGAACCUCUUCACCGCUUGGUGUUCUUCAGAUUGUGGAGACCCCUGGAGAUGCCUGAUAGGGUCAGUGCUUUCCUUUCUUCAGAAAGGGUUGGAACGAAGGCUGUCUCCUUCCAACCUUAAGCUCUGUUUUGCCACCAUUUCGGCUCACCAUGACCCUGUUGACGGUAAGUUUCUUGGGAAGCAUGAUAUGAUCAUCAGGUUCCUGAGAGGGGCCAGAAAGCUCAAUCCGGCUCGCCCUUAUCAAGUCCCCUCUUGGGACCUCUCAGUGGUUCUAUCGGCACUGCAAAGAGCUCCCUUCGAACCCUUGCUCUCAGUAGAGCUGAAGUUUUUAUCAUUAAAGACUGCACUGCUGACCAAGGUACACUGUGUACCAUUCACUCGUUUCGUUACCACUCAAAGGUGACUGUGCUCUCGGGCGAGACCCCAUUUAUCAGUCUCUUUGUGACGUAAGGUCUCCGUUCCCUCCUUCAUGGAACAAGGGUUACAUACGUAACCUAGACGUUAUACCAAUGGGAAUGAUGAAGUCCAAAAUAUACUAAUGUUCUCCACCAAAGGGAGCCACAUGAUAACUAAUACUUUUAGGUCUCAAAGAUUAAAGGGGUCAUAAAAUGCGAUUUAAAUUUUUCCUUUCUCUUUGGACUGUUACAAGCUCUUGGUGCAUACGGAAAAUCUGUAAAGUUGCAAAGACUAAAGUCUCAAAUCAAUAUUAUUUAUAAAAGUUAAAAGUAAACCACUCCUACCUAAAACCUAAUAUGCCCCCACAUGUCGAUGUUAUGAUGUGGGAAGUUUUGCAUAACCUGACUUAGUUUGGUUACUAACUAAGUAACUUUACAGAUAACUUUACAGAUAACUUUACAGAUCUUCUUUAUGCACCAAGAGCUUGUAACACUCCAAAGAGAAAGGAAAAAUUUAA